AGAGAAUAGAAAGGCUCAGUGGCUCUAGGUCGGGAUUCACUGUUACAGUUAGAGGAGACAGAACUCCGUUGCUGAGAAUCAGAUUUACCACCGACUUUUCUAUCACAAGACAAGGUUUCAAGGCGCAAUACAGUAUUAUGUUUGUGAAUCCAUCUGCUUCCAGUUUACCACCAGUAGCAUCAUCGUCAGUCGCACCACCCGUCACUCUUCCACCUGAUGUUCAAAGGGCACUUGUUGAUCUUCUCCGAUCUCUCGUCCAAAUCAUACAGAGGCUUCAAGCACUUGCCGGAGGAUCAUUUUCUCCAGCAGAAUUUGAAAACUUUCGAAAUCAGACGCUGCAGAUUCUACAGCAGGCAGAAAGUCAGUUAGUCAAUCCCAGGUCUUCUCGGCUAAGAGACAUCCGCAAAAUGAAGAGAGAGAUACCAGAAUUAUCAAAUCCACAGGACCUGGUACAAAUGCUGGAGAACAUUCAGCGAAGAUUGCUGGGUUGAGAUGUUUAAGUCAAGAAAGCUGCCUUAAGCAAUGUCUUAAGCUUCCUAACUACCUUCCCUUAAGGGAGGGAGUCAUUUUACAGGCUUCGCUAUGCCACAUUUUUGUGAACGUAUCGUCUCUACUUUUUCCUGCAUGAUAUUUUUACGCUACUACUAUAUUAAUAACCAAUUUUACAUACAGUUUUACCUUGUUAAUCUGUUUUCGUGGCUCACUUGUAAACUAGCUGGUGCGUCCUGUGAACUUUGCUUAUCACGUCUAUGAAACGCACCGUUCUCAUAGCAAGUGUGCUGUCCAACUAGAAUAUACUGUCUAGAAUAUACUGUGCCUCUCUGAUGUCUAUUUCUGGCAUAUUUUAAGCAACAGAAUUAAACAUAUAGAAAUCUAGGGUUGAUCAGGAGUGAAUCAUGUUUUUCAUCCACUGGCACCAGUUUUAAAGAUACAUGUAGCAAUCGAUGCUGGACUCCGUCCAAAAUAUCCUUUGAGGAUUUCGCUUCUUAGAAAAUGUUUCAUAAAGCUCAUAUCUGAUACAGCAUGAGUAAUAAGAAAUGUGAACUCCAGUCUUCUUGUGUGUGUGAAAUAUUCAAAGAUAAAAUGCUACUAGUUGUAAUAAAAGUCAUCUAUAUAACCAUUUAAAACCUUUUUUCGUUUGUUCGCGCCAUUUGCGGGCGUUAAGGUGACUCCAGCUGAAGCUGAUCGAAAGGAAAUGUUACAAUAUAGCAAUAAGUUGGCGCAGUCGGUUAAUAGUUGGGAAACCUCGGCAAAGGUGAAAAAUGACUGUAAUAUACCAUCCAGAAUAGGUAGAAAGCAAUAAUCCUAAGCCCACCUAUUGAAAAGCAGAUUAGCCAUAAUCCGGGAUUAAAAGUCAUGAGGGUUUUCAAAUACACAGACUUAAAAGUCAUAGGUGAUGCAACACUUGCUAAGGGUUUCAAAUACACUGAAUAAUAAGCAAGUCUGACUAAUAGCUAAAUUGAAAUGCUCGCCUUCGGCUCGUGUUCGAUCGACGACCCUGCAGUGUCUCCUUGCACUCCUUAACUUUCGCAAACUUUGUGACUGUACAAUCCACUUUUAGAAUGUAGGUCAAAGUAGCACUGCAUAACUACUAAUAGGAACUAGCUCCAUUUUCGGAUAAAAAAAGAUUUCGUAAAAUAUUUUAGAAUAAACAGUAGCGAUAUAAAAACAUGACGUUUCGGCGACGACAUGCCACCAUCAUGUAACAUUAAAUAUUGAAAUAAAAGUGUAAAACUACAAGUCAAUAUACACUUUUUUUUUUAAUAAGAAUAUUGAUUUAUGCAUUUCUCUCUCCACUAUUAAGGAAAAAUCAUAACUACAGUAUGGGCUGCAUUACCCAAGCUCGUUUACUGGGUACUAAUAAAAACAAACACCGUGAGAUGGAAUAAAACGGCUGAGGGCAAACGCCCAAAGCCGAUUUAAUGAAGAAAUAAUUUCUUUUUAUUUAUUUAUGUAUUAAAAUUAUGAAUCUAAAGAAAAUCAUAUCGAGCCCAGUAAAGGUGAGGGCACAAACCGAGCCCAGUAAAGGUAAGGGCACAACACUAACCACGGAAAAAAAAAAACAGCGGCUGGAAAAAAGAGGAGGAGGAGGGGUGCGAGAAAUCAGCGUAUCAUCCACCGGAGAGGGCAAGAAUGAAUAGCGGCCUUGUCGCAGGUCACGUCUUAACUACAACAAUACAAGGGGGUACUGAAUAUAUUGAAAUCCCUCUACCCUUUAUCCAGGCUUGCCGCGUGCACAAAUUAUUACGUAACAAUCAUUGUUGCAUAAUUGCCUUCUACAGUUGACCACGUAAGGCUGUAAUAAUAUAUUACAAUUGGCCGGGGAGAAAAACAUAAACUGCUACUUGCGGAGCGAAUAAUCU